CCCUCACUCGCUAUCAGCUGAUCCGCCGACCACACUCUCCCCAGCGAGUCAUGGUGCCUUCUCAGCCCCAGAGCCACGCACAGUCACUCUCCUUCCUGCUAUGACGCUCGUGACAUCUUCGCUCCUUCUGUCCUUCGCCGCGAGGGUUCCUAGGGCAUCCACGGGACUCGGGCGAAAUGGCAUGAAAAAGAGAGGUUUCAGUGCUAACACAAGGCCUGACAGUGCCAUUAGGAGGGCCACUACGCAGGUGUCAAGGUUGGAUGCUCUCAGGAAUUCAGAACCACUUCCCUUCUCUGCUUUCUUAACCGACACAUUUGGUCGACAACACACCUACCUCAGGAUUUCCCUCACAGAGAAAUGCAAUCUCCGAUGUCAAUAUUGUAUGCCAGAAGAGGGAGUAAGUCUGACUCCAAAAGACAGACUUUUAUCAGCAGAAGAGAUAUUGAGAAUUGCGAGAUUGUUUGUGUCUGAAGGAGUAGACAAAGUGAGAUUAACAGGCGGAGAACCUAUGAUCAGAAAAGAUUUAGAGUAUAUUGUAGAGUCUUUAGCGGAGCUCGGAGUAAAGCAGAUUGGCCUUACAACUAAUGGUCUGUUAUUGAAAAGAAGAUUAGCAGAUCUACAAAAUGCCGGACUGACGCACUUGAAUGUCUCAUUGGACACCCUGAUCCCACAAAAGUUCGAACUGAUCACCCGUCGCCGUGGCUGGGAAAGAGUCAUGGACGGCAUUGACCUGGCUCUUGAUCUUGGGUUUUCUCCUGUUAAGGUAAAUUGUGUGAUUAUGCGAGGGAAAAAUGAGGAAGAAUUGACAAACUUUGUGGAGCUCACUAGACAUAAAGAUAUUGACAUCCGAUUCAUCGAAUACAUGCCAUUCGAUGGUAACAAGUGGGUUGACAAGAAGAUGGUUAGUUACACCGAGAUGCUGGAGAAUAUUGCACAAGUGCAUCCGAAUCUUGUCAAGAUAAAUGAUAAAGCUAAUGACACAUCAAAGGCCUAUAAAGUUCCAGGAUUUGUGGGGCAAAUUGGUUUCAUUACAUCCAUGUCAGAAAAUUUCUGCGGAACAUGUAACAGAUUGCGCAUUACAGCAGAUGGCAACCUAAAAGUGUGUCUGUUUGGUGCUUCAGAAGUAUCACUCAGGGAUUCGAUGCGCGGUGGAAGCACCGAUGAAGAGCUGUUGGAAGUUAUUGGGGCAGCUGUUGGCAGGAAGAAGAGGCAGCAUGCGGGUAUGCAGAAUCUGGCCAAACUCAAAAAUCGUCCAAUGAUUUUAAUUGAUAAAGGAUAUUAUCCAAUAGGUGUUCUGCAGUCUAUGCACAAAAGUCCUUUGUUAUCAUCAAGACUGCUACAUACCUCCAUCAGAAAUACUUGUAAUUCUAAAAAUGAAGAAAAUUCAAAACAGCAACACUAUCCUACCUAUCCACUAGAUGACUUUUCUCACAUGAAAUACUGGGAACACAGUUCUGUAGAUGACCUGUGUAAUAAUAACCUACAGCCUGCCCAAGAGGUUAUAUCAGAGGAUGUUGUUAAAGCACCAGAAAUUUUUAUUGAUCAUAGUGCAAAAUUCUGGAACGAGUUCACAAAAACUGAUGUAAGUACAGAUAAGAAAGAAAGCAAAGAAAAUGGAGACGAAUCUAAUUAUCGGCAGCCAGAAAUAUCAGAAGGUGGAAGGGAACUGGAGGAGAAAUUAAGCCACGUUGAUAAAAAAGGAGAAGCACAGAUGGUAGACGUAAGUUCCAAAAAUGUAAGUGUACGUCAAGCUAUAGCAAGAGCAGAAGUUUAUCUUGGACCAAUAGCAUUCAAUUUAGUUAAGGAGAAUAAGAUGAAGAAAGGAGAUGUGCUAGGGGUAGCUCGCAUAGCUGGCAUUAUGGCUGCUAAGAAAACGUCAGAUUUGAUUCCCUUGUGUCAUCCGUUACCUCUGGAUCACGUUGAGAUUUUAUUUGAUAUGCAGGAGAAAUUUGAGGAAGAAAUGUGUUACAGAACUGUAAUAGAUGCCAAAGCUACUACAUCUGGUCGCACUGGAGUAGAAAUGGAAGCUCUUACCGCAGCUACUGUUGCAGCUCUCACCAUAUAUGAUAUGUGCAAGGCAGUAUCUCAUGACAUCACUAUUUCAAAUGUCCAAUUAAUGUUUAAGACAGGUGGUAAGAGGGAGUUUGUGAGGAAAUCAUAAAUAUGUUGUUAUUAAGUUUUAAAACCUUUUUUAGAUUUUAUGACAGCUGUGAUUUGUUACAUUAAAUUAUAUAUAUAUAUAUAUAGUAUAACAAGUAUUUUAAUAUUAUAUAAGAAGAUUAAUAAUUGCACUUAGUGUAUAAGAGAUAUAAAUUAUUUUUGUUAAUAUACAAAACACAAAAUUUCCCCUAGAUUUUUGAAAAGCAUAGAGAUGGAGAAAUUACUUAUGACCUAUAAUUUUAUGGAAAUUUCACUGUUUUGUAUAUCUAUGACAACAGUACUUAUACUGUUUUGAUAACUAACUCAAAGCUACCUAAUGUAAUCUAUAUUCAAUCAUCAUAUCAUCUUCAUAUUCUCGUUUCACUUACCAUUAAGAUCUUUCAGCUUCUAACUCAUCUCUCAUCUCUCCAGUUUUUAUACAAUUUUUCCGUAUAUUGUAAAUUUAUCAUAGAUAAUGCUGUGAGACUUUGUUCAGUCCAGAAUAUUGAGGACUCUUCAUAUUGUCAUUGCAAAAGAAAUGUUUAUGAUUAUUGUUAUUAAUUGUAAGUGUAUUUUCUUUUUUAUUAUUAUUACCAGAUUAGAGAAUAAAAAAUGUCACAAAAACUUUUAAUAGCUUACUAAGAAAUGCUAAAUAAAUAGUACUUGUUUA